AUGGGUGUUCCCAAGUUCUUCCGCUGGCUCAGCGAGCGCUACCCCACGAUCUCCAUGUUGAUCGCGGAGAAUCGGAUACCUGAAUUUGAUGCGCUUUAUCUCGACAUGAACGGUAUCAUUCAUAAUUGUACACAUAAAGACAGCGAUUCUCCCACGUUUCGCAUGACGGAGGAUAAGAUGUUUAUAGCGAUCUUCAACUAUAUCGAGCAUCUGUACGGCAAGAUCAAGCCAAGGAAAUUGUUCUUCAUGGCGGUUGACGGUGUCGCUCCUCGCGCGAAGAUGAAUCAACAGCGUGCGAGACGGUUUAGAACAGCCCUGGAUGCUGAGGUUGCAAAGGAGAAGGCCAUAGCCCAGGGAAUAGAGAUGCCGAAAGAGGAUCCAUUCGACAGCAACUGCAUCACUCCCGGUACGGAGUUCAUGGCAAAGCUCACGCAACAACUGAAGUAUUUCAUCAACAAGAAAAUCUCAGAGGACAAAGAUUGGCAAGGGGUAGAUAUUGUGCUGUCGGGUCAUGAGGUACCGGGAGAAGGUGAACAUAAGAUUAUGGAGUAUAUCCGGCAUGCGAAAGCGCAGCCAGGGUAUGACCCCAACAUUCGUCACUGUCUCUAUGGUCUUGAUGCGGACUUGAUCAUGUUGGGCCUUCUUAGUCAUGAUCCUCAUUUCUGUCUCCUUCGUGAGGAGGUGACAUUUGGUCGCCAAGUCCAGAAGAAGCCUAAGGAACUUGAGCACCAAAACUUCUACCUCUUGCAUCUUUGUAUGGUUCGAGAAUACCUGGAAUUGGAGUUUCAGGAAUUGGAACAGGAGGGAGUUCUGGAUUUUCCCUUUGAUAUGGAACGGGUCAUCGAUGACUUUAUCCUGAUGGCUUUCUUCGUUGGAAACGAUUUUCUACCUAAUCUUCCUAAUCUGCACAUCAACGAGGGAGCCCUCUCGCUAAUGUUUAAGAUCUACAAGGACGUCUUGCCAAAAAUGGGUGGCUACGUCAACGAGGGAGGUGUCAUCAACCUGAAGCGCCUCGGUAUGCUUAUUGAAGCUCUGAGUGAUGUUGAGUUUCGCUUCUUUGAAGCCGAAUACUCUGACGCGAGGUGGAUUAACGCCAAACGGAAUGGCGUCGAGAACGGUUCUGAGUUCCAAGAGAAGCCAAAGGGUUUGACUCUCACGCCAGCCCAGAAGGAGCUUUUCAAAGAAAUCAAAAAGUAUGUUUUGAACAGGCCUGAGAAGGCAUCAGGUUCAAAACCCCUAGAUCUUCCUCCCACACUACCGGCUCGUGAUCGCAAGUUUGUGGAGCAACUUGCAGACGACCUGCGACUACCGUGGACCACAGUUGCGGACGAACACGGAGACCGAUUCAUCAGACUUCAGCUGCCUGCCAACGAGGAUGACGACAGCGAAGAGGAGGAAGAUGAAGAGGCGUCUAUGGCCGUACAGCGUGUCAUUCGGAGAUAUGACAAUGCGAAGGUCCAGGAGAUUUCCCCCGAGGAAGCCCAGAAAGCAGCAGAAAAGAAGUACGAGGAAAAAUUCCAGGACUGGAAAGACAAAUAUUACAUGAGCAAAUUUGGAUGGGGUCUCGACAAUCACGAGGAAAUGCGGAAACUGACGGAAAAUUAUGUGCAAGGUCUUCAAUGGGUUCUGUAUUAUUAUUACAGAGGCAUUGCGUCUUGGCCCUGGUUCUUCAAGUAUCAUUAUGCGCCCAUGAUUUCUGACGUGAUCAAGGGUCUAAACGCGGACAUGAAUUUCAAACUGGGCCAACCGUUCAAGCCUUAUGAGCAGCUCAUGGGUGUCUUACCUGACCGAAGCAAGCAGAUUGUGCCUGCCGCGUUCCGGGACUUAAUGACGUCCCCAGAAUCUCCCAUCAUCGACUUCUAUCCGCGUGAUUUUGAAUUGGAUAUGAACGGCAAGAAGAUGGAAUGGGAGGCUGUUGUCAAGAUUCCAUUCAUUGAUGAACAUCGCCUCUUGGAAGCUCUUGCCACCAGAGAGCUCCUCUUGACCCCGGAAGAAAAAGCGCGAAAUGGGUUUGGAGUUAGUCUCAAGUUUACUUACUCUCCGGAAGUGAACUUCACCUACCCUUCAUCUCUCCCUGGUGUCUUCCCUGAUAUCCCCAGCUGCCAUUGCAUUGAGAACAUUUUUGAUCUGCCUACCAUGGAUGGCUUGGAACCUUAUAUUGGCUUGGUCGAGGGUGUCCAGCUUGGAGCGGCUGCAUUGGCUGGUUUCCCAAGUUUGAAGACUCUACCCCACGUAGGCCAGCUUGGUUUCCACGGCGUGUGCGUUUUCCAACAGGAGAGUCGCAACGAGAGUAUGGUUAUCACUGUACUCGACCCGGGGAGCAGAUCGAGUAUUGAGCUGGCUAAGCAGAAGCUUGGGAAGCGUGUCUUUGUCGGCUACCCCUUUCUGCAGGAAGCUCUUGUCAUCCGUGUAUCUGAUGAGCUGUUCGAUUAUCUCCUUCCGGAAGGAGAGAACCAUGUGGUUUCCAUUCCUCACACUGAGGCCCAAAUCGAUCAGUGGAAGAAGAAGGCAGAUAAGAUCGAAGGGAUGUACAGCCGCAGACUUGGCACUAUUAUUGGCCCCGUUGAGUCAAUGGUGCACGUUCAACUUCUCAAGGGUCUGAUCAAAACAGACGAGGGUGCUACAAUCAAGGAAUUCGCCGAUAUUCCAGGGCAGGAAACCGACUAUGCGCUACAGCUCGUCGUGGACGAAGUUAUCAACCCCGAUGAGCGCUUCAUCGAACGUGAUGCCCUGCCCAUCGAGAAGGAAUUCCCGGAAGGCUCGCGUGCCUUUUUCUUGGGCGAUUUCAAUUAUGGUAGACCAGUGCACAUUACAGGACACGAAGACGGCAAGGUUAAUGGGUUGAUUGCUGCAAUCAAGGGCCGCGAGCCAGAGUUUGGGAAAGAUCGCGCUAGAGAAGCGGAGAGGCUAUGCCCCUAUAUGCCCUCAUUUGCUAUUGCUCGCAGCCUGCGUUUGAAUCCAUUGGUAUUGGCAAAGAUCACCUCCUCAUUCUCUGUUGACAUGGAGGGGCAGCGCGUCAAUCUGGGUCUGAAUCUCAAGUUCGAAGCGAGAAAACAGAAAGUCCUUGGCUACUCCCGUCGCGGGGAGUCUGGCUGGGAAUUCAGUCCGAAGGCAGUCGAUCUUCUCCAGCAGUACAUGAUUAAAUUUCCAGAGUUCAUUGCUGGUAUCCAGCGUAACCCUCAGAAGGACCGUUACCAGCCGGCAGAUUUCUACCCGGAGGACGUCGCACUUGUGAAGAUGAAGGAAAUCAGAGAUUGGCUCAAAGCGAUGGAAGCCAAAAAGUUUGAGAGGGUUCCUCUUGAGGCUGAGCAGUUGGAUUCUGAUGUUGUGAAGUUGAUCGAACAGGACGCGGAUCAACUUGUGCAGAGUCAACCUCCGAUGCAGCCUAAGAAGAUCAGAGGUGUCCCCCGAAGCGCGCUUCUGCGGCCUUCGGAUGUCGAGCAGCGUUUGCAGAAUCAAACUUUCAAGCUUGGAGAUCGUGUGGUCUAUGCUCAAGAUUCUGGUAAGGUGCCCAUUGCCACUCGAGGAACAGUUGUCGGCCUCACUCGGACGCCCCGAGCCAUGUUGCUUGACGUUGUCUUCGAUGUUUCCUUCAUGAGCGGAACCACUCUGGGAGACCGCUGCUCGCCAUUCCGCGGUCAAACUGUCUUGGCGUCGUCCGUUCUCAAUGUUUCUUAUCGUCAAUUACUCGCCAGCACACGGGCUGCCGCCAGUCAACAGGCACAGACCCAACCUCCGCCUUUGACUGUGGCAGGAUACGGUGCUCCGCUUGGUCCUAAUGGGCUGGGCCAGCUGAAGGAGGCUGCGGCUCCUCCUCCAUUGACCAACUCAUACCGUGGCGCUGUCUCGGGCUUGGGUAAUACACGAGGAAAUGGUGCUCCUCAUAGAGGACGUGGAGGUCGCGGUGCCGCGAACGGAGGAUCGCCGCAAACUACUUUACCGUUCCGCCCCCACCCUACCAGCGGUGACGGCGCUGAACAACGCGGCGGCAGGGGUCGUGGAGGCAUGUACCGUACUCGUGCGGGGUAUGUAUCCGUGGAUAACAGCAACCCCGAGGCAGGUGUGAUCAGAAACAACCCUCACUUCCGGCCUCAGAAUUACUCCCAGGUGCCGCCUCCCAAGGCAUUGAAUCGUGGCAGUGGACGUGGGGGCCGGGGCGGUUUCCGCGGGUCGGAUAGAGGAAGCGGGUCCAGAGGAAGGGGUGGUCACCGAGGAAGAGGUGCAGCUAUUGUAAACACUGAGUAA